AGUCUACUAUUAGACCUGUCUUGAAAGUUUUGCCGUCUAAGCAUAUGCAAACCUCAUGGUUGUUCAAAUUUCCAAAGGAACCUGCACCUUUCGUAAACUUGGAAUUUGACACGGGUUCGGUUGCAAUGGACAGCUGGUUCUGAUUCAACUAAACAAUCGAUGGCGUCGAUUUUUGGAAGUCUACGCAUAUGCGUGACUUUACCCCGGAUCCGGUGUCUAUCGACAUGUGGCACUCGCAACGAUACACAGUCUAUCUUGCGCAGUUAUCUUCUGCGAUCAUCUCAUAUUCUCAAAACAAGAAAUUGUUCAACAUCUGCUAUUAUGACCAGCCUUGCGAACAAGCCUGCCGACUCAGGUGGUUUCCGUCUUCCCCUAGACGUGAAGCCAACGCACUAUGACUUGACUAUCAAGACUGACCUGGAGAACUCAAUAUUCGAGGGUGUGGUGAAGAUUGACCUGGAUGUUAAGAAGGAAACUUCUACCAUCGUCUUUAACUCAGCUGAUCUGAAGUUAAACAACGCGUCAUUGUAUUCCGAUGCCCUCAAGAUCAAGCAGCUCGAUACUUCUCCGUCUCUUGAUGACAAGGCGGAACGUUGUUUACUUUCCUUUCCGACACCUCUGCCUGCGGGGUCAAAGGCAACACUGUCCAUUGGCUUCUCUGGAGAACUGACCGGGGCUAUGAUGGGAUAUUACAAGAGCUCGUUUGAGCACGAGGGAACCAAGAAGUACUAUACACUGACUCAGUUCGAACCCACCGCCGCCAGGCGUGCUUUCCCGUGCUGGGAUGAACCCCUUCUCAAGGCGACCUUUGCAGUCACUAUGAUCUCACGCACUGACACUGUUAAUCUGAGCAACAUGUCUGUGGCAUCGGAAGAAAUCUACGAACCCCAAACGACCAAAAUAAAGGAUCCUUCUUUGGAAGCGCUCUUUUCAGCAUUGACCACUGAAGAUAGCCACAAAGCGCAAUGGAAGGUUUCCAAGUUUGAGACUACACCACCCAUGUCCACCUAUCUGGUUGCAUAUGCCAACGGACGUUUCGCGUACCUGGAAAGCUCUUAUAAGAGUCCUCUGAGUGGGAAGACUCGCCCCUUGCGCAUCUACUCUACUCCCGAUGUGAUUCAUCAGGCUCAGUAUGCCCUCGAUAUCAAGGCGAAAGUACUCCCAAUCUACGAGGAAAUAUUUGACAUCGAAUACCCUCUCCCAAAGCUCGAUACUCUGGUGGCCCAUGAUUUUGACGCAGGCGCCAUGGAGAACUGGGGCCUCAUCACUGGACGUACCAGCGCCUUCCUCCUUGACCCCCAGAAAGCAGAUAUGGCUGCGAAGAAACGAGUCACUGUCUUUCAGUCUCACGAAAUCGCUCACAUGUGGUUUGGUGAUAUCACGACCAUGGAAUGGUGGGACUAUUUGUACUUGAAUGAAGGCUUUGCAACCUUGAUGGGUGAAGUGAUUAUCGUUGAUCGUGUGUAUCCCGAAUGGAAGGUUGACAGCGAGUUCAUAUCCGAGCAUUUGAAUGAUGCGUUGGAUCUUGAUGCCAAAUUGUCUUCUCAUCCGAUAGAAGUGCAUUGUCCUGAUGCAAACCAGAUCAACCAGAUUUUCGACUCCCUUUCUUAUGCCAAAGCAGGUUCUGUUCUGCGCAUGCUGUCCAACUACGUCGGCCAGGAGCACUUCCUGAAGGGUGUUUCGAUCUACCUCAAGAAGCAUCUGUACGGGAACACUGUCACAAAGGACCUGUGGCAGGGCAUCUCAGAGUCUACUGGGGUAGAUGUGCCGAAGAUCAUGGAUAACUGGAUUUCAAAGAUCGGCUUCCCUGUCCUCACUGUCAUCGAGAACGAGAACGGUAUUCUUGUUCGCCAGGAUCGUUUCCUAGAAUCUGGACCUGCAGAAGAAAAGGACAACGAGACGAUCUGGACCGUGCCUUUGUCCCUGCUGACUGCUAACGGCGAUAAAGUCAACGUUGACAAUUCUGUCGUUCUUGACACGAGGGAGAAGACGCUCGCCAUCGACACCUCGAAGCCUUUCAAGCUCAACGCGGGGACUUAUGGUGUUUACCGCGUGUUGUACUCUGAUGAGAGGUUCGCGGCAAUCGCUAAGGAGGCUGCCAAGGGCGAUACUGUGUUCUCGCUCAACGACCGUAUUGGCCUCGUGCAUGAUAUCAUGGCACUGUCCAAGGCUGGGUUUUGCAAAGUUAGCAGUGCGCUGACCAUCGUUGAUAUUUUACACGAGGAAAAGGAGUUCCUUGUGUGGGACAGCAUCGCUCGGAACAUCAUUACUCUUGUGUCAACCUGGUGGGAGCAUGAGGCUGUCGUCAAUGAUCUGGAUGCUUUCCGUCGGGCAUUAUUUGCGCCCAUCGUCCAACGGCUGGGCUACGAAUACUCUCCAUCUGAAUCCGUGGACAUCUCGCAACUGCGCACCCGCGCUGUCGGACAAGCCGCUGUUGCCGGAGACACUACCGUCGUGGAGGAGCUUAAGACCCGAUUUGCGGAAUAUAUGAAGACGAAGGAUGAUUCGAGGAUACCUGCUGAUCUGUUUAGGACGACGAUCCUUGUUGGUGUGAAGCAUGGAGGUCGUCAAGAAUAUGAGUUCGCCAAAGCAUUAUACGAGAACCCAACUACGCCUCCUUCGAAGAGUAUUUCCGCCAUAAUGGCAAUGUGCGGCAGCCAAGAUGAGGGCUGCAUCAAGGACACGUUCUCGUACAUCCUCUCAAAAGCGCGGAAUCAAGACAUAAUAUAUUUCCUGAACGGCCUCCAGAUGAUGAACUACCCCACGAGGCGCAGGUGUGCACAGUUCUUCAAAGAUAACUACACAGAGCUUGCCAAACGGUACGAGGGGAACUUUUCGUUCAAAGAUGUUGUGUCGUCGGCCUUUGGUAAUUUGACCAAGGAAGAAGACUACCAGCAGAUCGUAGAUUUUUUCAAGGACAAGGAUACAUCCAGGUACAACCUUGCGCUUUCCCAGACUCUAGAGUCAUUGCGUGCUUCUAGGUCGUGGAUCAAUCGGUCCACGACUGACGUUUCGGAAUGGCUUAGCGAAUGGAAGAAGCGAUCGCUGUGAGUUAUCCGGUGCCUCGUUAAAGAGGAAGCACGGGGAGGACGCGUGAGACCGUAUAGGAGUGUACUGUCCAGGGGAGCGAGCUAAUAGUUACGUAACUGUGGACACUCUUAGUGCUAGUUUGU